CGUCAUGAAAGCAGCAGAAGGUGUAGGCAAAUCCGCUAAUUUCCUCACUGCGCAUGCGCAUGACGGUUGGAAACUGGUACAUAAACAAAAUUGGUAUUCCGCUGCAAAUUGCGAAAAUCGUGAUGGAAUGCGCCAAAGAUGUCGGCGUACAGAGUGACCUUCCAGUAUUCUGGAGCCGAGAAGCGACGCUAGCUUUAUUGAACGCGUAUGAGGUACAGAGGGAUCGCUUAGGUAAAGACUUUCGUUUUAAGAACUACAUGUGGGUUGCAAUAUCCCUCGCACUGAAGAAUGAGAUGGGGAUGAACUUCACGCCAGCCCAGUGCGAGAACAGGUGGAGAGUUCUUUUGCGCAGUUACAAGAGAGCGACGGACAAUAAUUUGAAGUUAUCGAGGAGAAGAAAGGACUUUGUGUACCAAGAUGCGAUGCAGAAGAUACUGAAGGGAGAAGACAUCAUCAGACCAGUGCCGCAGUCGGAUGAGACAGGUGUGCUUUCUAGUGGUGGGAAAUCGAAUUUACAGGUAGGGAACAAUGGUGGUGAACCUGAGACAGUACCAAAUAGUGGUAACGAAUUAUUAAUUAAUAGUGGAAAAUCUAAUGCGAACAGUGAAGUGAUUAGUAGUGAACCUGAGCCAACAGCAGGUAGUGGUAAACAAUUAUUCAUUAUCCGAGGAAACUCCAGUGUGAAUAGUGAUGGGAUUAGUAGUGAACCUGCGCCUUUACCAAGUAAAAAUUUCUUCAUUAUCAGUGCAAAACCCACUAUGAACAGUGAUGUGAUUUGUAGGCCUAGUGAAACCGAACCAUCACUAAAUAGUGGUAAACAGUUAUUCAUUAUCACUGGAAAACCCUGUGUGAACAAUGAUAGGAUUAGUGGUGAACCUGACCCAGCAACAGGUAGUAAUAAACAAUUAUUCAUUAUCAGUGCAAAAACGAAUGGGAACAGUGAUAGGAUUAACAGUGAACCUGAGCUAACACCAAGUAGUAGUAAACAAUUGUUACUCAUCAGUGGAAAAUCCAAUGGGAACAGUGAUGGGAUUAGUAGUGAACCUGAGCUGACACCAAGUAGUAGUAGUAAACAAUUAUCACUCAUCAGUGGAAAAUCCAAUGGGAACAGUGAUGGGAUUAGUAGUGAACCUGAGCUGACACCAAGUAGUAGUAGUAGUAGUAGAAGACAAUUAUUACUUAUCAGUGGAAAAUCCAAUGUGAACAGUGAUAGGAGUAGUAAUAAACCUGAGCCACCGCCAAGUAGUAAUGAACCUGCACCAGCAGCAAGCAGUAGCAAACAGUUAUUUACUAAUCCUUCUGAAUCAUCAGUUAGUCCACCAGAAAAGAGAAGGAACCUGAAACGGUCGUUCUUACAACAGAUAAGAGCUGACAGGAAACUUUACUACGAGAAAAAACUGGAAGUAGACAGGGAGAGACUUGAAGGCUUAGAAAGGAGAAAUGAUGAGUUACUGCAGUUAAAGAAAAUGAAGCUUCAACAAGCAGAGAGAAUGAUUGCAUUUGAAGAAGAAAAGCUCAAAUGUGAAAAAGAAAAACUUGUAAUUUCUAGUGAAAAAUUAAAAAUGUAUCGUAGGUUAGUUCAGCUACAAGAAGAAAGCAAUGACAUUUUGAGAUCUAUUAAUGACCAAUUUGAUUUUUUACUAUAAGUGAUUGAGUCCCUUGUGUGACUAUUCACAUGUUCUUUUCUGGUAAUUAAUUUUCGCUAAGUUUUUUUGCCAUUUGUAGAACUUUCUGGAUACAUGCUCACUUUCUAUUUUUGGCUCCUUGUAUGACAGCGGCACUUCCCUUUGCACUUCUUAUUAGUGGUACUCCCCAUUCCAUUCACGUAUUGAGCAUGAGAAGAAUGAUUGCUUAAAUGCAUCUGUGUGCAUUAUAAUUAGCCUAUUCUUGUUUUACUGAUCCUUUGGGAGUGAUACAUUGGGGAUUUUAGUUUAUUCCUAGAGUACUCUCUUGAAACUUAGAUGUAGGUUUUGAAUAUAGUUUGCAUCUAUCUUCAAGUGUCUACCAGUUCAAGUUUUCAGAAUUUCCGUGAAGCUAUCCCAUGAGUCAAACAAACCUGUGAUCAUUUGUGUAGCACUUCUUUCCUGUGUAUUCAGUAUCCCCUGUUACUUCUGUUUGAUUGGUUGCAGGGUGGUGGGGGUGGGGGUCCCUCUCAGUUUCAGAGCUUGUGUUGGUGCUGGGUCCAUGUUGCUAAAAUACAACUUCUCACAUUUUUUAUUAUGUUUCCUUUUUUUAGUAUGUUGUAUGAGUCUCUGUAGCAACAGGUGGUUUGUUUCUUCAUAAUCCUGUGCAUCUUGUCUUGAUACAUAAGAUCCUUUCUCCCCCCCCCCCCCUCCUCCUUCUCCCAACUUCCUGACAUAUUUUUUUUCCCUUUAUUUUAUUGUAGCAUGCUUCUUAUAGCUGCACUCUAUGAAUCUUCUUGCACUGGUCCAGUGUGAAAAGCAUACCUCUCCAUUGCUUCAGCACACAUAUUAUUGCACCCAAGAUUUAUGUUACCUUUCCUAUAUAUUGUAUCAAAACUAGUUUAUAGCCUUGCCAUGUCAUAUUGGAAGCAACUAAAAAUUUACUUAGAUUUGUGACUGCAUGUAUAAAUGGAGAUACUCGAUUAAAAUAUGAGUAUAAAAUA